AUGACAACACCAGGAUUUGAAGAUUCAAAAAUUCUCCACUGUGUAAUUGCUAAGGGAAAUCAAAUUCUUAGUGAAGCAACCUAUUCAUCCAAUAAAUUAGGAAAGGAUUUGAGGUUUGUGAUUGAGAGUAUGAUCAAUAGAAUACCUCCACUCGAUACAUUUAAUAUUAGUAUGUUUGAAUCAUUGCUAAUUCCCUUCCUAGUCAAGGAUGAAAUUACCAUUCUCCUACUGUGUGAUAUUAACUUUAGUAAAUAUUGUUCAAAGAAGUGUUGUGAGAGGAUACGGGAUAGAUGGUUUACUUGCUAUAAAUCUAAAGAGUCAUAUUCAAUUCCUCAUAAAGAAUUUAAGAAUUCAAUUAAGGAAGUAUUGAAUUAUUAUAAUAAUAAUCCACAGAGUGAUCAAAUUAAGAAAUGUAAAAAGAGAAUUGAAGCAAUUCAGAAUGUAAUGAUAUCGAAUAUUGAUAAAUGUAUUGUAAGAGCAGAUGAGUUGGAUUUACUAGUGGAUAAAACUGAAACUCUUUCCAAUGAAAGUAUCGAUUUUAAGAACAAGACUAGAAAAUUGGAUAAUGCAACAACGUGGGGUUUCUUUGCACCUGUAGUUGACUUUUUCUAUGAAACUUUCUAUACGGAUGAAAAGUAA